AUGGCCCUAUACGAUAAUAAGUACUGGCUUUUAUCCCAUAUAAGAAACUCAUUUAUAACUACUGAUGACACAGGUUUAUGUGAGCUGGUUAUGAUGGGAGACACAAAGGACAUAAAAAAGCACAUUCUCUCACAAGAAACUUAUUCGGAACCAGAAGGCAGUGAAGAUGAUGAAGAUGAAUUAGAACCUCAAUCAUAUGAUAUUGAAACCGAAUUUGAAUUUGGUAGGGAAAGAUCGAACACUGCAGUGCAACUGGAGAAAUUUGAGAACAAAAAGAAAUUGCACAGAAUAAAACACAUCAAAUGGGAAAUGGAUAAAUCAUUGCCAGAAAACUAUUUUGAUGAUUUGUUUGUGAAAAGGGAUGUUAGGGGAAUUAAGGUGGAGACUAAGACGUCUAUGGUAUCAGAAGUUAUUCAGAAGUAUACUAAUUUACCAGUGAAUCCGUUUAUAGAUUAUGCCAAAUUUGAUGGAAGUGGACAAGUGAAUAUUCCUACAAGAAAAUAUAAAAUAUUUUUAACAAUGUUACCUGAAAGUUUAAGCAAUUACCCAAUAGGUAUUUGUUGUAUUGCAUCAGCUAAAGUUGAAGAGUUAAUUGGUUUAAUUUUGCUGCAAUUAAGUUUAAAUCAUCCUGAUGUUCCUAUAAAAAGUACAAAUCAUUAUGGUUUGUACAUAACUGAAGAAGAUGGUGAAGUAGACAGUGAUUUUCCUUGCUUGAGUGCAAAAGAAUGUAUUGCAAAGUUUUCAUUUAAUUGUUUGGGUUUAGUGGAGCAUAAAGAUACAAGAACAGUUACAUUUGAUAAUAGUGUAAUGAUAGCAGGGAAUUCACAUGAAAAUAAUUUAAGGAAAAAAGCAAUAAGAGACUCAAAAUUGGAAGAAAAGCGAAAAUUGCAAAACAUGAAAUUAAUAGAUGUCCACAACAAAGCAAUGGAGGCCCCUUUAUAUCAAUCAUACAGAGUUUAUAAAAUGCUGAAUAGAGUAAGAGGAAAAGUGGAAAUUCAUUUGGGAAUCAGUGGUGAAAAAAUUGAAAUUGACCCAAUUCAACAGAAAAACUCCAAAUUUCCAAACUUAUCCAAACAAAAGGCGAUAAGCCAUCACAUGGACACAAUUGCUUGGUGUGAAAUUACUGAUGUUAAAAAUAGCAAAACAUGUUUUAAAAUUGUUUACAGUUUAACGUUUGGAGGGUCUGUUCCUAAUACUGCAGACAACAGUUUUGGAUCUUAUAGUUUUUCACCGGUUCUGCAGACUUCAGCAAGUUUUAAACAUUAUGAGUUUGAAACUGAUAAUUCUACAGCCCUAGAUAUUGUACAAAAAAUUAACUCCAUAUUGGAAUUACGAUCCAGUUCUAGUCGAAAAGAGUAUAUUGCAGCUAAGGAAAGAAAAAACUACAAAAGAAAAUCAUUUAAUUUAAGCAAAAAAUAG